AGAAAGGAGAGGAAGACAAAACUAAGGAAGAGGCGCUUCAAACUCUCAGCAGUGAGUGAGGACUACGUGCACCUGGAGAAACGCCGCAAUGGAGUUUUUGUUGCAGUCAAACUCGAAGACGAAUAUUUUCUGUGCCUUGUGCACGUUUCUGUUGUUCAUCACCAGAGUCAUUUCUGCAGCGGAGGAUGGCGCGAAGAACUCCCAAUGUUACAACUACGCGGGAGGACACGUCUAUCCCGGGGAGGCUUUCCGUGUGCCAGUGUCCGACCAUUCUCUGCACCUCAGCAAAGCAAAGAUUUCUAAGCCUGCCCCACAUUGGGAAGGAACAGCUGUUAUUGAUGGGGAAUUCAAAGAGCUAAAGUUGGCAGACUACAAAGGCAAAUAUCUAGUCUUCUUCUUCUACCCGUUGGACUUUACCUUUGUCUGUCCCACUGAGAUCAUUGCAUUCAGUGAUCGUGUGCACGAGUUUCAGGCCAUCAACACAGAAGUGGUUGCCUGUUCAGUGGACUCCCAAUUCACCCAUCUGGCCUGGAUAAACACACCUCGAAAGCAAGGAGGUCUUGGACAAAUGAAGAUCCCUCUGCUGUCAGAUCUCACUCACCAAAUUUCCAAAGAUUAUGGUGUCUACCUUGAAGACCAGGGACACACACUAAGGGGACUUUUCAUCAUUGAUGACAAAGGCGUCCUGCGGCAAAUAACGAUGAAUGACCUGCCAGUGGGGCGAUCGGUAGAUGAGACUCUCCGUUUGGUCCAGGCCUUCCAGUAUACUGAUAAACAUGGAGAAGUGUGCCCAGCAGGAUGGAAGCCUGGCAGCGACACAAUCAUUCCAGACCCUUCGGGCAAACUAAAAUACUUUGGCAAGACCAACUAAACUGCACUUAUUCCACACUAAUAAAAUGUUUGUCUUAAACAA